UGACAAACUCAGGGGAUGCAAACAGAUUAGUUAACUCUUUAAGGGUUGCACAGAUAUAUACAACAUAUAUUUGAUGUUUUUGGAAAUAACCCACAACCCAGACAAUGUCAACUCCUUCCAGAUCUAAGAUGAGGCAGCCCACGCCGUCGUCGUCGAACACCACCCUGUUCACCGAAUCAGACGAGGUUCGUCUUCUCAAAACCCUUGAAAAACUCACCCAAUCAACCCAACUCUCUCCUCAACUCACCGUUGAUUCCGAGAAUUUCAACCGCAUCAACUCGGUACUCAACUCAAAAUUCACCCGCUCACAGGUCAACUCCAAGCUCCGUAGACUGCGAACCAAGUACCACAAGCAAGCACGAAGCAAGUCUCUCAUCAAAACCCCACAUGACCAGAAGCUCUUCAACAUUGCCCGCAAAUUAUGGGGAAAGCAAACCAAGCGAAAAUUUGAGAGAAUUGAAGACCGGCAGUCCAGUGAUAAAGAAGACCAGGAAGAAGAAGCCAAUGAGGCGGUGGUUGGAGUUGAAGCUGUAAGAAAUGGUGAACAAGAAGAGGAAUGUGAAGAAGUGGUGAAUUUGGAGGUUUUCCCGGCGCUGGUGGGUGAAUUAUCGAAGUACUUUCCACUAAAUUUGGUGUGGAGAAAUGCAUUGAGGUCUCUGGGAAGUGGGAAGUUGAGGGAAAUGGAUGAGAAGUGGAAAUCAAUUGGGAUUGAAGAAGCCAAGAUUGUGAUUAAAAAAGCUGAGUUGGUGAAGCAGCAGACCCUUUUGAUUAAAGAGGUUCUUGGAGAUCCUGCAAAUGGAAAUUGAUUAAUGUGUUAAAUUAUUAUUUUGAGUUGUGUUAUAUGUACUGACAUUGUUAGAGUUUGUGUAAUUCUUCCAUUUUGCUUUCAUGGGAAAUGGAAGUUCUUGUUGCAAGUAGAAUCUGAGAAUUAAGAUAAUGGCAUGUCAUGUCUAAAUGUUGAAAUA